UAUUUUGAUCAAUAUUCAUUCAUUUAUUGCUCAUUUCAAUUUAAUAGAAAAAAAAUCAUUGAAUCUUGUAUUUAUUUGAGUUAUCUUAUCAAUAAUGGAUCCGAAUAAAUUUGAAACUGGUACAGAAUUUGUAUCAAAAUUAAGUAAAAGAGAAGCAAAAGAAUUGUUACAAAAAUGGCGUGAAGAAAAUGCUCGUAAUUCAGAAUUAGUUCGUCAAAUAUGGCUUGCCAAAGAUCUAGGUUCCUAUCUCGGUGACGAAAAAUGGGUAGUUUUGGAACAAGUUUGUAUAGCCGCAAUGGAUCUUCAUGAUAAAUCAUUAAUCGAAAGCUGUAUAACGCAAUUAUUGGACAAAUUUCCAAAUAGUAGCCGAGUGAAACGACUUCGAAUGAUGGCUAAAUUAGAAUUAACACAACGUUAUGAUGAUGCCAUAUCAAAAUAUAAUGAACUAAUUGCCAGUGAUGAAUCAAAUUCAUUAUUACAUAAACGUAAGAUUUCCAUUUUGAUGGCUACUAAAAAAAAUCAUCUUGCAAUCAAAGCAUUGUGUGAUUAUCUUAAAAAUUUUAUGAAUGAUCAUGAAGCAUGGAUUCAACUUUCUGAAUUGUAUAUUCAAGAACAAGAAUAUGCUAAAGCUGCAUUUUGUGUUGAAGAAUUAAUUCUAUCCAAUCCACAUAAUAAUCUUUAUCAUGAACGAUAUGCUGAUAUUCAAUAUACAAUGAGUACAGCUGAUUCAUUAGAAUUGGCAAGAUCAUAUUAUGCUCAAGCAACAAAAUUAAAACCCGAAAGUCUUCAUGCUCUUUAUGGUUUAAUAUUAUCAUCAAAUGCAUUGGCAACAUCACCAAAAACAACAGCACCUAAAAAGAAAGAAUAUAUUCGGUUAGCUCAAUGGGCAUCAAAUCAGAUAUCGAAUAUUUAUAAGAAAAAUUUAACAACAACAACAAAUCAGAUGAAAAAAGAAAAUGCACGUCUAAUCGAUAAUAUUGAUUUAGCAUUAGAAGCAUUAUCCAUUGCAAAUUAAUCCAUUCAUAUAUAUCCAGAUUCAACAGAAAAACAAAUUAUUCCAGAGUUGUAUAUCAGUAUCAGUUUAUUAGUAAAUAGAAUAGGA